AUGAACAAACUUCUCGUGCUGGUAGCCUGUGUGCUUGGCUCAGUAUCCGCUGGACGCAUCCUGCAACGUGACUGGCAGGUUGAUCAGCGCAUAGAGCGCAUGUCUAGGCAGGACUUGCAGCGCCAAAAGUUUCUUCUGGACAUUGUGCAGCGUGUUCAACAGCCAUUGCAGCAGGAUGAUCUUAUACAGCUGGACCGGGGCCUGAUUGUGGAACCACAGCGCUAUCGUGGUGGCAUUGAUGGAGAGAUGCAGCGCGUCAUUGAUUUGGAUCGUCAGCGCCGGCUGCUGGAUGAGCACCAGAUCUAUAGCAUACGUAAUGUGGAGCAUGUGCAGCAGCUGCGUGGCAUCUAUCGCCUGCUGGUGCGCGCCCUCGAUUUUGAGACACUGCAGCGCAAUGUCAUCUAUCUGAGGCGGAACAUCAAUCCCGUGCUGUUGAUCAAUGCCCUAACUUUGGCCAUCCGCGAUCGCGAGGACACCCAAAUCUUGAUCAUGCCCGCCGUUCAGGAGAUAUUGCCCGAACUUUAUCUCGACCAGCAGACGAUUGAGCAAGUUCAGCGUAUGCAAUCCGAGGUGGAGGGUAGCCCACGACCCUCUCUAAUGGAUCUGGUAGGCCUAGGCCAACGUAUGCGUCAGGUGAAUCCUGUGAUGCGGAUGGUUAUGCCUUGGCGGGAUCUGCACAUGCAAAUGGCGCUGAGAAGGCAAGAGAUGCUGCAACGUCAGAUUCAGAAUCGUGUAGUGUUGCCCAUUCAAACCUUGCAAGGGGACCAGGACAUUUCGCUACUGACUGAGGAUAUUGGCUUGCGCAACUUCAUGCAGAAUCUAAUCCAAGAGCUGGCCCUGCUUGAGGACACCACGAAUGCCCGUCAGAUGCUCGACAUGGAAAAUGAUAACGACAUGGUAAGGCAGAUGGAGGUGGAGCAGCGUCGUCAAGGUAACUCCGACAUCAACAACGAUCGUGUGCUGGGUGUCAACCGUCGCCGUAUGCAGCAACAGCAGAACGAAGAUGACAACGAGAGCGAGAUCCAGCGUGAGCGUGUUAUGGUCCGUGACGAUGAGGACGAUGAAGAGGUUCCGUUCGGAAGUCAACUGCCUGGCAGCCGUGUGCCUCUGCUGCGUGGCAUAGGACAGGGUAUUAGACGAAUGUUGGGUGGCGAGAACCUGCAAACCGUUUCACGUAAUGACGAGCGCCUGGUGCACAUCAACAGACGUCGCUUGGAGCUCGUCGAGAUGGUACGUCGCAAUCGCCAGCGCAAGGAGCAAACAGAGAAGGAACGCUUUAUGGGCGUAGUACGUGACGACCGACUGAGCGAGGGACGCCGUUUAAGCCAGGUUCAACUGGAACAGGAUCAGAUCAGCAAUAGUCUGCGCGAUUUCAGCCGGGACGAAGACUGGCACCGUGGUACCGACAACCUGCAAACCAUACGUCGCGAUGAUGAGCGAUUGGUGCAUAUUAAUAGAAGACGUCUUGGUCAGCCCAUGGAGAACAUGACUCCUCGUCGCAUUAGUCCUAUUGGAGAGGGUCGCCGCGUGGACGGCGAAGACACCAUGAAGGUUGAGGAUAUUAUGCAGCUGAUCCGCCGCGACAAUCGUCUAGUUCAUCUCAGCGAUGAUGAGAUCAUCGAGAUGCUGCGUCGCAAUCGCCAGCGCAAGGAGCAGGAAAAACAACAGAACGAAGAGCACACAACUGUGGAGCAGGGACACCGCUACCGACGCAGCUUGGUCAACCCCAUGGUGGAGCAAACGACCCGUCGCAGUGAAAUGAUAUUGCACACUUUUCGCCAGCUGUUGGCACGCUUGAACCAGGAGCGCAUUGCUGGACGACUAGGCAAUGACGAGAUGAAGCUAAUCGACAAUUCCCGUUUGAUCAUGCUUAACCAAGAUCAGACUCAACGUUAUGCAGUGCGCCUGAACGAGAUGCGCUUAGACUCACGUCGCAACCGGGUGCUGAUUGAGCAAAUCAAUGCCAUCGAGGGCCGUUUGCAGCAGGUGAUUGGUCAUGUGGUCCGCGAGAUGAGCAAUGGCAACAUCGGCGUUAACCGUGUGACAGGAUCUGGAGUGGAGCAGAUUGAUGAGCAGCUUCGCAUUGAGGGUCUGAUUGGUGAUGUCCUAAUGGGACGCCUGGGUAAUAUUGGUAUUUUGCGCAUCCUGCGUGAGCUGCUCCAAGAUGCCAACGUUCAGCUGGAUCGUUCCGGGCUGGGAGUCAGCAUGGGUGACCGCCUGUUGCAGCACACCCUCCGCAGAAUCAUAAGCAUUGUGGAUGAUCUUCGCGAGCAGCAGCUCGGCGUCUAUAGGCGCGAGCAGCUGGACAUGCGGGAUGUGACCAUUAACGCUGUGCGCGUCGGCAAACUGCGCACCCGCAUCGAAGACAGCGACAUGGACGUGAGCAGCCUGCUGGAGCAGCCGCAACAAAUGCAAAUGAUGGUGCGCCAGCGCCGCCUGAACAACAAGCCCUUUACCAUUGACAUGGACAUGAGCUCAGAGCGCCCACAGGAUGUCAUCGUGCGUCUCUUUCUGGGACCACGUCAGGAUGCCACGGGCCGUGAAGUGAACUUGGAGCAGCGCCGCUCAGACUUUGUGCUUCUGGAUGCAAUCAACACUCAACUACAGUCGGGCCGCAAUCGCAUUCAAUAUCUCUCCACGAACAUUGCCUGGACUACCCGCGAUGCCACGCCCUACAGCGAGAUUUAUCGUCGUGUGAUGACCACACUGCGUGGCCAGCAGGAUGCGAUGAUGGUGAACGACCUGGUUGGCGAGAAUGGACGCUUUCCUCAGCGCUUGCUGCUGCCACGCGGUCGUCCCGAGGGCCUACCCAUGCAGCUGCUUGUGAUUGUCUCGCCCAUGGAGCGCCUGGGCCGAGAGCAACUGAUGCGAAUGGAGCGCAUUGAUGGCGUUAUGGGCAUGAGCAUGGCUUCCAUAAUGGACAGCCGUCCGCUGGGUUUCCCGCUCGACCGACGCAUUAACAAUGAGCAGGAGCUGUUGCAACUGCCCAACGUACAACUGGAGGACGUUAUGAUCAUUCACGAGAACUGA